AAAACAAGAUAAAAUGCUGUCAGUAGCUGAAAUUGAAAUGUCAUGCAUGACAGAAGAAACAGAUUCAGGUGUUGGGACUAAAAAGACAAGAUGCCCGAUGGCUAAAUCAGACCACACAGAAAGCCAAGUCUGAUCCAGGCAAGAUAAGAACUGGUGGAGGAAUGUGCUGAGGAAUGUAUUGACAGUGUGAUUAACUACCCAUGAAUACUCGGAUAUAAAUGUAGUCUGUGCACAAUACAAUUGAGUGGAACCACAAGGGACAACAGAGAGAACAGUCUUCACGUCCACUUCCGAGACAACGACCGCAGGGGACAUCUCUCCAACAUCAACAAAUGGCUCUGCAACCUCUACAACAGUUGUCAAUUCCACAACACGACAAACUGUUACAAGAACAGUUCAUGAAAUCAAUGCUGACACUGAGAUGUCUACAACACCAAUCUUCACAACUACUUCAGCAACAACAAGCACUGUUACACCACCAGCUACUAAUGUCUCCACUCAACCAUUGACAGGUGAAUCCACAACACCUACGACAAGGACUGCCAAUUUCACAGCAUUAGAAUUUGCUACAACAGCUCCUAACACUGAAUCAUCUAUAACACAUCCACUACCGACAUCUACAGCACCAAUGUUCACAACCACUUCCACAACCUCUUCUGGAACCGCAGGCAUUGUUACACAGUCAGCUGCUCACGUCUUCACAGUAUUAGAACUUGAAACAACAAGCACUGUUACACCACCAGCAACUGACAUCUCCACUCAACCAUUGACAGUUGAAUCCACAACAUCUACAACAAUGACUGUCAAAUCCACAGCAUCAGAAUUUGCUACAACAAUAGGUCCUGGAAAAGCUCCAACAUCCACGACAUUGACAGUCAAUUCCACAGUAUCAGAAUCUCGUACGACAACAGGUCCUGGAACGAAUCCAAAAACUGAGACAUCAACAGCAGACCCAUUAUUGCCAACUACAUCACCAAACUUCAGAACCACUUCAGGAACCACAAGCGCUGUUACACCAUCAGCUACUGACAUCCCCACUCAACCAUUGACAAAUGAAUCUACAACAUCUACGCCAAUGGCUGUCAAUUCCACAGCAUCAGAAUCUGGUACGACAACAGGUCCUGGAACGAUUCCUAAAAUGGAGACAUCAACAACAGACCCAUUAUUGUCAAAUAUAUCACCAAUCUUUGCAGCCACUCCAGGAACCACAAGAACUGUUACACCAUCAGCAACUGACAUCCACACUCAACCAUUGAUAAAUGAAUCCACAACAUCUACUACACUGGCUGCCAAUUCCACAGCAUCAGAAUCUGCUACAACAGGUCCAGGAACGACAACAUCUACAGUAUCUACGACAAUGACUGUCAAUUCCACAGCAUCAGAUUCUGCUACAACAAUAGGUCCUGGAACGACAACAUCGCCAACAUCCAGGACAAUGACUGUCAUUUCCACCGGAUCAAAAUCUCCUACAACAAUAGGUCCUGGAACAGCUCCAACAUCCACAACAUUGACAGUCAAUUCCACAGCAUCAGAAGCUCGUACGACAACAGGUCCUGGAACGAAUCCUAAAACUGAGACAUCAACAACAGACCCAUUUUUGCCAACUACAUCACCAAACUUCAGAACCACCUCAGGAACCACAAGAACUGUUACACCAUCAGCUACUGACAUCCCCACUCAACCAUUGAUAAAUGAAUCUACAACAUCUACGACAAUGGCUGUCAAUUCCACAGCAUCAGAAUCUGCUACAACAGGUCCAGGAAUGACAAUAUCUACAGUAUCUACGACAAUGACUGUCAAUUCCACAGCAUCAGAUUUUGCUACAACAAUAGGUCCUGGAACGACAACAUCGCCAACAUCCAGGACAAUGACUGUCAUUUCCACCGGAUCAAAAUCUCCUACAACAAUAGGUCCUGGAACAGCUCCAACAUCCACAACAUUGACAGUCAAUUCCACAGCAUCAGAAGCUCGUACGACAACAGGUCCUGGAACGAAUCCUAAAACUGAGACAUCAACAACAGACCCAUUUUUGCCAACUACAUCACCAAACUUCAGAACCACCUCAGGAACCACAAGAACUGUUACACCAUCAGCUACUGACAUCCCCACUCAACCAUUGAUAAAUGAAUCUACAACAUCUACGACAAUGGCUGUCAAUUCCACAGCAUCAGAAUCUGCUACAACAGGUCCAGGAAUGACAAUAUCUACAGUAUCUACGACAAUGACUGUCAAUUCCACAGCAUCAGAUUUUGGCUCUACCAUCACUGGACACAUUUUAAGGCUGAAUAUUCCCGUCAUUUUUGCAGCUACAACAAUAGGUCCUGGAACGACAACAUCGCCAACAUCCAGGACAAUGACUGUCAUUUCCACCGGAUCAAAAUCUCCUACAACAAUAGGUCCUGGAACAGCUCCAACAUCCACGACAUUGACAGUCAAUUCCACAGCAUCAGAAGCUCGUACGACAACAGGUCCUGGAACGAAUCCUAAAACUGAGACAUCAACAACAGACCCAUUUUUGCCAACUACAUCACCAAACUUCAGAACCACCUCAGGAACCACAAGAACUGUUACACCAUCAGCUACUGACAUCCCCACUCAACCAUUGAUAAAUGAAUCUACAACAUCUACGACAAUGGCUGUCAAUUCCACAGCAUCAGAAUCUGCUACAACAGGUCCAGGAACGACAAUAUCUACAGUAUCUACGACAAUGACUGUCAAUUCCACAGCAUCAGAUUUUGCUACAACAAUAGGUCCUGGAACUACAACAUCGCCAACAUCCACGACAAUGACUGUCAUUUCCACCGGAUCAAAAUCUCCUACAACAAUAGGUCCUGGAACGACAACAUCUCCAACAUCCACGACAUUGACAGUCAAUUACACAGUACCAGAAUCUCGUACGACAACAGGUCCUGGAACGAAUCCUAAAACUGAGACAUCAACAACAGGCCCAUUUUUGCCAACUACAUCACCAAACUUCAGAACCACUUCAGGAACCACAAGCGCUGUUACACCAUCAGCUACUGACAUCCCCACUCAACCAUUGAUAAAUGAAUCUACAACAUCUACGCCAAUGGCUGUCAAUUCCACAGCAUCAGCAUCUGGUAUGACAACAGGUCCUGGAACGAAUCCUAAGAAUGAGACAUCAGCAACAGACACAUUAUUGCCAACUACAUCGCCAAUCUUCACAACCAAUUCAGGAACCACAAGCACUGUUACACCACCAGCUACUGACAUCCCCACUCAACCAUUGAUAAAUGAAUCUACAACAUCUACGACAAUGGCUGUCAAUUCCACAGCAUCCGAACCUGACAUCGAUGAAUGUGCAACCAACACCUCCAAAUAUCAACAAAACUGCACCAACACAAUCAGAAGCUACAGGUGCAGUUGUGGUCCAGGCUUCAGAACCAACGUGAACGACCCUGCGCUUUGUGAUGAUAUCGAUGAGUGUGCCACCAAUACUGCAAACUGUUCAGAAAUCUGCAUCAACACAAAUGGAAGCUAUGUGUGCAGUUGUAACACAGGCUUCAGCAAUGACUUGACCAACCCUUCAUUUUGUGAUGCACAACUUAAAAUUUCCCUACGAUUUACUGUCACAUGUGAGCAGCUGAAUCUGGCCGAUCAAGAAAUACGGGACAAGGUUUACCUAACUCUCCAACGUGAAGUUCGCCUGCAUGCUCCUUUUCUUAGCAGAAUUGCUGCAAUGCGAAAAGAUGUACAACUGAGCUGAUGGCAAAGAAAAAUUGUGUCCAGAGAAAGUAGGAGAAUUCAAAGAUGGAUACAGAAAGAACAAAGUGUGUUGGAUGACGUUAAUACAUUAUUUUUGGCACCCUUUGUAAUAAUGUCUACAAAAUAAUAAUAAAGUAUGUAA